AUGGCAUCCCAGGCCAUCGAGAGCCACCGCGCCAGUGCAGAGGUUGUCACCGGAGAUGCCACGUGCAGGAAGAAGUCUGUUGAGCUGCUGGAGGAGCUCGGCCUCCCCAAGGGCCUGCUUCCAAUGGAGGACGGGAAGAAGAAGGUCGAGCACACAUUCAAGAAGAUCAAGCAGACGGUGUCCUAUGCCGCCGAGGUCACGGCAUUCGUCGAGAAGGGCAAGCUGAGCAAGAUCACCGGCGUCAAGACCAAGGAACUGAUGCUCUGGCUCAGCGUCGUCGAGGUAUAUGUUCCCGAGGCAUCGCCAGAGAAAGUCACCUUCAAGACCGGCACUGGCCUGUCUGACACCUUUGAUGCUGCUGCCUUUGCGCUCGGAGAGUAA